AUGAAAUCACAGAUUAUUCUAACUUUAUUGUUCAUUUCAGCUCUAGCAACUGUUGAAAGAGAUUCAAAUCAAGAAGCACUAGAAGGAGUCUGGUCCUAUUUUAAUUAAAAAGGCCCAUUUACAGUAACUAAAUGCGGAACUGACUAAGACCAUAAAGAUGCCUUUUUAUUUACAGGUUAUUUCCUUAGAAAAGCAGAUAUUGCCUAAACAUCAGAAAUUAAUCCAUUGAUUGCUGAAGGCCAAUAGUUCUAUAAUGUAUUAAAUGUAAUCUAAAAAUCUUAGUCUUUACCUUUAGAAACAAGGAAUUGUUUUGAAAACAACUAAGAAGUAAUUGAUCUUGGUAAAUUCUUAGGAAUUGAUAAAUAUACCGAAGAUGAGUUAUAAAAUAAAGUAUCUAAUUGGGUAGGAACUCAUUUCUUUGUUUAUAAAAGAUUAAUCAAAACAGCUGGUAGUGAUUGGAACAAAUGGGAAGAUUAUGAAUAAACUGGAAGAGAUUUAGCUGAAUUAUUACAAAGAAUUUUAACAGAUGCUUAAGAAUAGUGAUC